GCCUGUGCUGAAUGCAUUAGUCUAAUGAGAUGUUUGCAGCGGCGAGCAGGGCUGGUGGAGACUAGCUGUGAGCAGCAGUAGCACACGGGUGGAAGGCAGCGUGUGCAAUCCUCGGGGGCGCUUGCAGGAUGCACACAGGUGGAAGAUAGCGUGUGCGAUCCUCGGGGGGCACGUGCAGGAAAUCACCUUCUUCUAAGUCAACACUCCCAACCCGAUCAACACCCUGAUCAGGGCUCUGUGAUCAAGCUGUAGGAUCUCUCUUCCCCGUGCGGUUUGCCUCCUCAUUCGGUAAGACUGGCCCCAGCGGAGAUGCAGACACAGAAGGUCCCGGGGAGGAAGCGCGGCCGGCCUCCCCUUCACUCCACGCCAGUGCCCAUGGCAGUCCAUAACCUUUAUUCUGCUUCUGCCGGCUCUGGACCAGCAGUGACAAUCCCAAAGAAGAGGGGGCGGAAACCCAGGUACAAGACUCUCUUGCAGAUCAAGCCUCCAGUGCUCAUGACUCCCUUGGCUCUGUCGCCUCCACGGAGUACCCCGGAACCCGACCUCAGCUCCAUCCCUCAGGAUGCAGCCACCAUCCCCAGCUUGGUGGUCCCACAGGCUCUCACAGUGUGCCUCUACAUUAACAAGCAGGCCGAUGCGGGGCCGUACCUGGAGAGGAGGAAGCUGCAGCAGCUUCCUGAGCGCCUGGGGCCGGAGCGGCCUGCAGCUGUCCUGCAGCAGGCGGUGCAGGCAUGCAUCGACUGUGCGCACCAGCCAAGGCUGGUCUUCUCCCUUGUCAAGCAGGGCUACCGCGGUGAGCUGGUGUCAGUCUCUGCUUCCUUUGAUGGAAAACAGCACCUGAGGAGUCUGCCCGUGGUGAACAGUGUGGGCUAUGUCCUCCGCUUCCUGACCACACUCUGCCGCAGCCUCCUAUGUGACAACCUCUUCAGCCACCUGCCCUACCCCGGGAGCCUCGGUGCCUCUGAGAAGACCCAGGAGAGAGAGGAUGCGAGGACGGAGUCAGCCCAGGCGGCCACUGCUGAAGAGUGUCUGGCAAACCCUGUAGGCAUGAGCCGCUACAGCAUGGACGCCUCCUCCACGGCCUUUAGCCACAGAGGCUCCUUGACCCACUCCUCCUCACAGUACUACAAGAGGCGCAACUCUGGAGACAGCCACCUUGGGGGAGGCCCUCCCACUCCCCCCGGUGGUUCCCGUACCAACCCUGUGCCCUUAGGAGGACCAUCGACGCCUGGACUGAGGUUCCCAGCCUCCAGCCCCAAGAGGAGUGAUGUCGAAGGAGACAGAUGUGCCUCCAGCCCCUCUCCAGAGGUGCCGGACAUCAGGCGACUGAGCAGCAGAAACCCUUCGACCUGGACCGUGGAGGAUGUGGUUCGGUUUUUGAAGGACGCUGACCCUCAGGCUCUGGGGCCUCAUGUGGAGCUCUUCAGAAAGCAUGAGAUUGACGGCAAUGCCUUGCUGUUGCUGAGGAGUGACAUGAUCAUGAAAUACCUGGGACUGAAGCUGGGACCCGCACUGAAGCUCUGCUACCACAUUGACAAGCUGAAGCAAGCCAAGUUCUGAGGCUGGUGGAGUUGGAAGCAAAGCCCCAGACCUCAAGAUCAUCUUCUGCCUGACCAGCACCCAGCCAGCAUCACAAGCAAUUUGUCUUCUUACAAGUGACAGCCACAAAGACUUUGUCUUUUUACAAAAUGUGCAUCUUUGCCAUUUCUAACAUUCCAAAUGGCCCCUUUCAGAGGCUCCACUGUGUUCAUUGAUUUGUCAGAAAAAUCACAAAAGGCCUGUUACAUCUAAUAUUCCUCACAUGCUGGUCGCUCUUUAUGGGUGCUAUUUGUGUCAUGACAGAGUGGAUAACUGAAUGCUGCCACCCUAGGAGAGCCCUGGAAGGGGCUUUCAAAGUUGAGAAGGACCUUGUCCUUGGUGGUGGUGUGGGGUUGCCCACGGCAGGAGCAGCCUCUCCCUGUUCUGGGGACCUAUCAGCCUGAGCCUCACUGGAGUCAGCUCUGGGGUGACUUUCUCCCGAGGAUGACUUGCCUCACCUUGCACUAUCUGAAAACUUCAAGUUUUUUGGCUCCCUCAAAGAACAGUGAGGAAAAGAUGUUUUCUAGCCCUAGCUCCUGCAGUCCUUCAUUGCUCCACCAGAGGGCAGACUGCACUGCUAAUGAGAAUUCAGGAUGCUGACUGCCGUGGUCUGCUCAUUCAGAACUCAACGCUGGGUUAGGGCUUCAAUGAGCAAGAUCUGGCCUGGACGGGGACAGGGGAUUAAUGCCACAGUCAGCAUCCCAGAUUGCCACUUGAGAAGAAAUUGUGAUCUGGGGGGUUCCAGAUUCACUACUGACUGACUGUCGAGGGAAAAAAUCUGGACGCAACUGUCUGCCUAAACAAAGAUUUGGAGUCCCUUCCCUCCCAGACUCUUGCUGAGGGCUGAGAUGCUGGCGUGCUGAAGAACCUUAGUGACAUUUAUCGAUGUGUGUUUCUUGAAGAUAAAGAAGGGAAGAAAAACUGUCUCAACAAGCGUGGAAUGAGGGAGUGCUGAUUUUGAGUUAUGAGGCCGCACUCUGUACCUGUGUCUGUGGCUAAUUUUUCUAGUCCUCGACAAAUACACAGAUGUGUUUUUAUUGGGUUUAAUUCAAUUUACAAAUAGGUUUUCACUCUUCACUGUGAAGUAAUAAGAAAAAAAUUGAUUUUCUGCCCUGGCAGCUGUGUCCAGCGAGGGACGGAGUCACGGUUUACCGAGCAGAAGGGUGACCUCUCCUCUUUCUGCUGUCCUUUGUCAAGUCCUUUCUUUCCCUCUGUUUAUAAAGACUCUUAGAGAA